AUGGAUGUGUAUGUUACCUUAAGGUUUCACCAUGGUGGAAAACUACAACAAAAACCUCGUAUUAAGUAUGAAGGUGGUAUUGUCAUUGAUUGUUUUGAUGUAGAUGUUGAUAAAUUGUCCUACUUUGAAUUUGUUGACAUAGUUAAAGAAAUUGGCUAUAAUUGUUCUGCUUGUGUUGUUUAUAUUAAACCACCUAAAUGUCGACAUGUUGUUGAAGUUAAAAGUGAUAGGGAUAUUAUGGGUAUUGAAUCUAGUCAAACUUUUGAGGGUAGUGAAGGUUUAGGGUUUGAAGAGGCUGCACAACCUGAAGAACCUAUUGUGGGUGAAGAGUUACGUGAAGUGUUGGGUAGGACUUCUGCUAGUGCUGGAGAGGACUUGGGUAGGGCUUCUGCUGGUGUUGGAGAGGACUUGGGUAGGACUUAUGUUAGUGUUGGAGAAGACUUGGGUGGUACUUCUUUUGCUGUUAAUGCAUCUGAUAUUCCAGAAGUUGGGUCUGAUUGGGAAAGUGAAACAGAAGCAAUUAAUAGUUUGGGAGACUGUCUUGCUUUUGAAAGUGUUAAGCAGUUUAGAGAAGCUAUUACUAGAUAUGCAGUUCAAGAACAUGUUGAAUUAGAUAAAUAUGUUAAUGAUGCAACUAGGGUGAGGGUAAAGUGUAUAGCUGGUGGUCCAUGGUUGUUGUUUGGAAGUAUUGAUUCAAAAACAGGAGAUUUUGUGGUGAAGAAUUAUAAUCCACCUGGCAUUAGAGUUUUUCAGUUUCAAAUUUUAGUGAAGAAAAAGUUGAAUGUGUAUGUGGGGAGGACUGUAGCAAGGAAAGCUAGAAACAUUACGUUGAAACAAAUUAUGGGUGAUCAUGUGGAGGAGUUUAAAAGAAUUUUAGAUUAUAGAGAUGAGCUCUUAAGGACUAAUCCAGGCAGCACAUGUGUGGUGAGACUUAGUGAAGAAACUUUUGAAGGUGGCAGACAAAUGUUUCAAUCAUUUUACAUAUAUUUUGAUGCUUUAAAGAAGGCUUUCAAAGUUGGAGCUAGAAGAUGUAUAGGAUUUGAUGGUUGCUUCUUGAAAGGUGUUUCUAGAGGUCAAUUACUUGUGGUUGUUUGUAAGGAUGAGAACAACUAA